GUAGAAUUUACAUAUAAAGCUAAUCAGCAUUGAGAAAUGAAGAAGUUCGAACGGGCUAGGCGCACGUGUUGAAUGUUGCGCAACUUUUUGACAUGCAAAGCCCUAUUGGGCAGUAUGCUGCUCCGUCCUGUGAUGUUGUGGCCCAAUCUGGCCGACUCAAAUGGUACUGCAACGAAAUUCUGAGAAGAAUCGAAGGUUCAGGACCUAUUUCAGUAAUAGAGUUCAACAAAGAAGGCACACAUCUGGCUUAUGGAAACGCCGAUGGGAUUGUUAGUGUCAUUGAAAUUGGCCAAGCGGAUCUUUCUGAAACAACACACCAUUGUCAUUCCUGUUCGAAACCCUAUCAAGUUUUCCUAAGCCACGAACCAGAGUUUGACUGUCUAAAGUCUCAAGCAAUAGAGGAGAAAAUAAACCUUAUACGCUGGCUCCCGAAAUCCGGGCUUUCCCACUUCUUGUUAUCUUCCAAUGAACGUACUAUAAAACUUUGGCAGUUGACUGAACUACCGACACAAUCGUUUACAAAUCUGAAUUUCCCCGUUGAAUCCGGUUGCCGACGUAAAGUUGUUAUCAGGUCAUUAUCCGAUAUCAAAGUCCCUGUCUGUUUGAAGAAUUAUGGAAAUACAAAUAUACGUGUACAGAAUAAAAAAGUAUUUGCUCGUGCCCACGGUUUUUCAAUUGUCGGUUUGUCACCCUCUGCUGACCGUGAGACUUUCUUCUCUGCCGAUCCACUGAGGAUUAAUAUGUGGAAUUUAGAAGUUACUAAUGAGGUGUUCAGUGUCAUUGAUCAUAUGCUUGAUCGUUUGGACGAUCGCUCACAUCUAAUCACCGGAAUUAGUUGUAGCAAUUCUUCUCCAUCAUUAUUUGCAUAUGGCACUAACAGGGGUUCCAUUUUUCUUUGUGAUACACGGUCAAGCUCUCUUUGUGACCACGCUUCUCUUGUUUUUCAUAGUCUUGCUGCAGACGAAUCAGAUGUGCUUACAAUUCUCACUAAUUCAGUUUCCGAUUUGAAAUUUGGCCAAUGCUCCGAUUACAUUAUAUUUUCCCGUGAUUAUUUGAGCGUUAAAACUUGGGAUUCACGAAUGCCAACUCAACCAGUUGAAGUUUAUCCUGUCCAACGUCAUUUAAAAAAGCAUUUAACUGUUUUAUACGAAAGUGAAUUACUUUUUGAUGAUUUCAAAUUAACUAUAUCUUCAAAUGAUCGUUGUAUAAUGACUGGUUCAUAUAAUAAUACUGUGAAAGUAUUUGAUCGACAAAAUCCAAUUGAAGGUUCUUAUAAACUGAUUAUGCAAGAUGAAGAUAUGAAUGCAUUCCAUGAUGCAUUUCGUACAACUGAUGAUAAUACUUCUGUGUUUGUUUCACCUAUAUCAUCAUCAACAUCAUCACCCGACGGUACUGAAUUAACGUGGCCACGAAGGAUACAUGAUGAUUUGAUUGAUAUCACUGAAAACUUUACCAGAUCAUCAUUUUCAGAUAAUAAUAUUAAUGAUAAUACUAGUACUAAUAAUCCCAAUGUUAAUGAAUCCAUAUUCACUGUGGAUGUUGGACGUAAAUGGUUGCAAGUUAGUUGGAGACCUUGGUCUACUGUAGCUGCUGUCAGUCAUACAGAUGGUAUCCACCUUAUUGAAGCAAUAAAUUAA